CGAAAGUGUCAUCUCUCAACACCUACACAAAUAUCCACAGCACCAAGAUAUCACCACCGGAUAACCGACAGCAAUGACCAUGGUGACCCGCCCCGCCGCCCCGCCCCCUCAGACCGACCUCAAGACCGUCGUCGAGAGCCGGAACCGGGAGUGGCACUUCCACAUCUACUUCCUCGUCCAGUCGCAGGCCGAGACGGCCGCGGCCCUCGCCCUCCGUGAUGCUGUCCUGAGGCUGCGCCGUGAUGGAGCCUUUGUUGCCGUGCCACUUUUCCGGGUCAACCACUACCCCAUGGGGCCUCAUCCCGCUGGUUCUUACGAGAUCUGGGUCCCCGACUCCUCAUUCUCCGACGUCUUCUUCUACCUGUCAGCAAACCGAGGCAACCUGAGCAUCCUCGUCCACCCCCUGACAUCAGACCAGCGCGGCGACCACGAGACGCGCAACGCCUGGAUGGGCACGCCGUGGCCCAUCUUCCUCGACGGCCUGCCCGCGGCGGGCGAGGUCCCGCUGCAGUACCCCGAGCUGGGCCUCGGGUGGUCGACGUCUCCGGAGCAGGAGGUGUCGCUCGAGGAGAGGCGCAGGAGGGGCGCCGAGGUCGAGGCCCUGCUGGCGGGGGACCCGGAGGCGGCCCCGGCCCCGGCCCCUAAGGACUGAGGAGGGGCGCGGCGUGAUCUUGUUCUGGAUUUUCGAUGGAAAUCACUGAAGCUCAGUAGUAAUGUCGUGCGAUGGUAUAACUUACAGCGGUGGAAGUUUGCUUUCGUACACACGUAGAUGCACUGUGCAGACUGCAAGUCCAAGGCUUUUGUUCCUUGAAAACCUGUUUCCUCUCCACGGCACGCUUCGACUUGGUCAAGGGGAAGAUGCAGCCGAGAAAGCGUGUGUCCCUUAGAAGCUG